AAAAGACCCUCCGCGCUAUCACCUGGGGACUGGACUGGAAAUGGACUGGAAUGGAGGUGGUGGUGGUGGUAGUGCGGCUGAAACCACAAAUAGUACCGUCGAUCUGUUAGUGACUACCGGUUCCGCUCUCCUAUCGACACUGGCAACGCCAUACGACGCAACACAAGCUACUACGAUGGCGACUGGUACAGUGGGCACACUGUCGCCUUCAGGGGACGUGGCGAUAGCAACCAUCGCCCAGCAUUUCCAUGGUAACAUACCGUGGUCAGCGGAGCUACUGACGUUUCUCCGCCAAACCUCCACCACGAUCUCGUCGUCGUCAUCGUCGUCGUCGUCGUCCGCCAUCAUGCUACCGUCCGCUUCGUCGGCCUCCGGCAGUAGCGGCAUCAGCAGCGAAGCGGUAACCAACUUCUCGACCUUUCUCAGCAACAUUACGCUCCGGGCACUGACGGCUUCAUCCGGUGGUGGUGGUGUUGGUGGCGCUGGUGGAACCGGGACCACUUCCAGCGACUUUACCGCCAAUCUGUCACGCCGCUUCCCGCAUCAUCCGUUUUUCAGCAGCUUCUUCAAUGAUUCGGCGACCGAGGCUUGCCCAUCGAUACAGAUGCCGGUGGGGAAUACGAUCUCGAUGAUACUGUACGCGCUGGUGGCCAUCGUCGGGCUGUUCGGUAACACGCUCGUCAUCUACGUGGUGAUGCGGUUUUCGAAGAUGCAAACCGUUACGAAUAUGUACAUCCUGAAUCUGGCCAUCGCCGAUCAGUGCUUUCUGAUCGGGAUACCGUUUCUCAUCACGACGAUGUACCUGGGCGAGUGGACGUUCGGUAAUGGGAUGUGCAAGGCGUACAUGGUGUCGACCUCGAUUACGCAGUUCACCUCGUCCAUCUUUCUGUUCAUCAUGUCGGCCGAUCGGUACAUCGCGGUUUGCCAUCCGAUCUCGUCGCCCCGCUUCCGGACACCGCUGGUGUCGAAGGUGGUGUCGGCGCUGGCCUGGACCGCGUCCGUUCUCAUCAUGCUACCGGUGAUGCUGUACGCCAACACGAUCCACCGGGAGAAGAACAAGAUGUCGUGCAACAUUAUGUGGCCAUCGGAGACGGGCGCCAACUCGGGCACCACGUUCACGCUGUACUCACUGAUCCUUGGGUUCGCCAUACCUCUCUCGUUGAUUCUGAUGUUUUACUAUCUCGUCAUCCGGAAGCUGCGAACCGUGGGCCCGAAAUCGAAGUCGAAGGAGAAGAAACGCUCGCACCGGAAGGUGACGAAGCUGGUCCUGACCGUCAUCACGGUGUACGUGCUGUGCUGGCUGCCGUACUGGAUCUCGCAGGUCGCGCUGAUCAACUCGCCGCCCGACAUCUGCAAAUCGCGGCUCGAGAUCACGGUGUUCGUGCUGGUCAGCUGGCUCGGGUACAGCAACUCCGCCAUGAACCCGAUACUGUACGCCUUUUUGAGUGAUAACUUCAAGAAAAGCUUCCUGAAGGCGUGCACCUGCGCCAAGGGGAAGGAGAUCAAUGCACAGCUGCAGAUCGAGAACAGCUUCUUUCCCCGGUUUGCCCGCAACCGGGGCUCGGAGCGGGGUAACUCGACCAAGGUGCUCCCGGCGUCCAACAACCGGCAACAAAGUAGACCGGUCGGUGGUGGUGGUGGUGGUGAUUCAGGGCAGCAGCAGCUGCUGCCCCAUCACCAGACAUCGCAGCAACCACAGCAACAGUCGGGCCACUUGAAGCCAUCCAAUGAUACCAACAUGAUGCCGCAUAACAACAACAACAACAACAGUAGUAGUAACGGAACAAACACCAGCUCCAGGGGGGGAUCCAACGGCAGAAACGGAAUGAGCUACAGCACCGCCAGCAUCAUGCCGUGCACCACCUUUGAUCAGCCAUCCAGUGCCCAGGCCUCAUCGACGGCACCGUCAACGAGCGUAACGACCAUCCAGUCGUCAUCCUCCUCUGUGCGACGCCCAUCGGCAACGGAUGCGCAACGGUCCCCGUCACCGGUGCCAGUGCCGCUUGCGAGUCGCGGAAUGGACGGACGGCCACCGGUACUGCAUACGGACCUGUAGGCGGUGUCGGAUUCGCAGAUUCGGAUUCCUAAGCAUUCAAUUAUUACAUCAGCUCACCACGAUGGCCCCCGGUGGUACACUCGGUGCUCCAACAUCUACCAACAUGCCAUCCAGACGGGGGUGCGCCCGAUGACCAAACUGUGGGAAAACAAAGCUUACGCCCUUGCCCAGCACGGAGCCAUUGGCGGUCGGUCGGUGCACGUAAUCAUUGGCGGAAAAAAUAUAUCAACCAACAAUGAGAACUUAAUUUAUCGAUAUCAAAACCCAGCUCACAAACUCAAAACAACGCGUCAGCGGUCGCGUUAUGCAAAACAUCACAUCCGGCAGUCUCGAAACGUGCGAGCAUCAUAUGUUAAUAUCGAAACAUAAUCAACGAGACAAACAAAAAGAACGUGCGCGUGCAUUCGCGUAAGCAACACCGUCCACACGCUCCCUUCUACUAGUAUUUUCUCCCGGUAUGGAAAACCCUGCCAUACCGAUAGCCUUAGAGCGGCAGGCGAGCAAGCUGUGGUUUUUGGAAAAAUGUUCUGCUGACCAGAGAUGACCAGGCCCCUUCGCAAGGUAUAGUGCAAGUGCAACAGCUAACACCAAGAGCCCCUGGUGGUUAGCUCACGUCACACGUGCGUUGUGAAGGGUCCUUUCCCAUCCCACCGGGGGGAUGGAAUUUAUUUUAGAAAGUUAAUGGAAGAAAAUACUUCCUAGAACUGGUGUGUAGCGAUACGGAAAUGGAACGAAAUGAAACCAAGGAACAAACGAGUAGGGAGAUUGCGCCUAGCUGAGGGAUAGUUGAGAAUGGUUUUCCCCAAGUUUUUCCACCUUCUCCUUCUCUUUACAGUACGUUCUUACGAAUUAUUAUCCUACUUCUAUGCCUACAUCUCGGAGAAGAAACUAGCUAGCAGCCGGCAGAUGCAUUGUAGAUACGGUAUUUACGAAUUCGCUCCACUGUUCAAGGUGCGAGCUUGCAGCCCCAUAGACUAGAGUAAAGUAAUGUGAACAAUUGAUCAAACAGAAAAGGUUAACAAAACACUUAAAGCAGUAGCAGCAGCAGCAGCAGCAGCAGCACAAGCACUGCACUCCUACACUAUCACUAUCACUCCUUUGAACGCUCUCUAGUGGCACCACGGAUGUAGCGCAUAGGGGUGGCACAACAACUUUACAGAAGCUAAACAAAAAGAAAAAAACCUAACAUAAAACAUAAACCAUAUUUCGAUUAAGACUAAAAGGAGGCCCCUCGAAAGGACAGAUGCUGGUGGCCUAGUGAGUGAGUGUGGUGAGGUGAGAGAA